AUGAAAGAACGUUUUAAAAAGAAAGACAAUUUCAAUAGUAAAAUGAUUCUUACUCAAUUAUUUUCACUACUAUGCACCUAUUAUAGUGGAUUGAUAGUAGUAUGCCUAUUUCUGGAUUUUGCUGUGGGAUUAUAAUUUCAUUUAGGGUAAGUUUGGGACUUCGGAAUCUAUAGCCAUGAUACUUACUUCAGUGUGAAUCUAUUGAGUAAUAUAUUCAACAUCUUAGUGGUUGUGAGUGGAUUGAUCUUUAUAGUAGUAAAAGGAAGCAAAGUGCUAGAUUUUGUAUUCUCCUUGUAUUUAUGGCAUUUCCUUAUUUGUUGUAUUUUAAGCUCUUCUGAAUUCAAUAAACUGUGGUUAAUAAUCAAUACGAUCCUAAGUAUUCUAACAAUACUUUUGGGAGAAUAUCUCUGUGUUAGAUUUGAUUAAUAAGACACACUCAUUAUUGAUAGAUUAUUUAAAAACAAGAAAAAACCUGUUGCUGAGCAUAAAAGAAAUGAUGAUAUAAUAAAAAUCAAUAUUUAAUGA